AUGUCCAGCCUGAAAUGCGGUGAAAACCUAUACAUCAGUACGAACACGCCCUCUAACCCAGCCGUCAGUGUGACGCCAUGGGAUAGAGAGAAACAAGACUACGACUACGCCACUCCGGCGUGCGCACCUGGCAAGGUCUGCGGCCAUUACACCCAGAUUGUGUGGAACUCCAGUCAGCAGCUGGGCUGCGGGGCGAAACUGUGCGACGGGGCAACCACCAUAAACUUCCCAUGGAGUACGAGUAGAUACCCCAAAGGUUACAUUGUGGUGUGUAACUACGGACCGGGUGGCAACUUUCGUAAUACGAAGCCAUACAAGGCAUGUGCACAGUCUACCACUGAGAUGCCCACCACUGAGGUGCCCACCACUGAGAUGCCCACCACUGAGAUGCCCACCACUGAGGUGCCCACCACGGAGGUGCCCACCACCGAGAUGCCCACCACCGAGAUGCCCACCACCGAGAUGCCCACCACCGAGAUGCCCACCACUGAGAUGCCCACCACCGAGAUGCCCACCACUGAGGUGCCCACCACUGAGAUGCCCACUACUGAGAUGCCCACCACCGAGGUGCCCACCACGGAGGUGCCCACCACGGAGGUGCCCACCACCGAGAUGCCCACCACCGAGAUGCCCACCACCGAGAUGCCCACCACUGAGAUGCCCACCACCGAGAUGCCCACCACCGAGAUGCCCACCACCGAGAUGCCCACCACGGAGAUGCCCACCACUGAGAUGCCCACCACUGAGGUGCCCACCACCGAGAUGCCCACCACCGAGAUGCCCACCACCGAGAUGCCCACCACUGAGGUGCCCACCACCGAGAUGCCCACCACCGAGAUGCCCACCACCGAGAUGCCCACCACCGAGAUGCCCACCACUCAGAUGCCCACCAGUGAGAUGUCAGCCACCAGUAUCACAUCCCAAUAUCCAUCGCCAGCAGCCACACCCAGCACACCCGCCGCAGCGGAGCCUCAGGCAGCGGACAACAGCACGGGUCAGUUUCCAGGGACCAUGCUGUCGGAACACUCUGCAGCCCAGAUGCUGCACCCGCAUGCAAGUCAUUGCCUCAUCCCGUCUGCUCUAAUCUUUCUCUUGUAUCUGAUAGCCUAGGCUAUGCGCUUUUUUGGAAGUAUGAGUUGCAUAAUAAUAAUACUUCAAAAGUAAUAAUAAUAAUAAUAUUCCUUUGUAAUCCCCAUAACAACAUCAACGUCCUUAUCAUUUGUACAAUACCUGUCUUUGUACAUAACUGGCGUUGCAAAUUCUAUAUUAUUGUUUGAUGUUGGAGUUUGGAUUGAGUUUCUUUCCUUUCUUCCUCUUCCUUCCCCUUUUUCUUGUCCCUUUGGUUUUUGGCUUUUUUAUUUUUUAUUUUUUUCACUUUCUUUUUGCUGUCUCACCCAUGGAAAUAUUUCCCGGUGGGUCUGGCUUAUCGCCUUCGAAAGAAGUGAAUAAAGGAGACAUAGUAAUAAAAUCAAAAAUUUAAUGA